AGGCCCUAGCAAAUGGAGUGACAGAAUUCCUGAGGAAUGGAGGAGUGCAGUGACAAAGCUUUCCUGAGGCCUAAGGACUGUAGGAAAAGAGUUAAGCAAAGGACAUGAACAAGCUGAGUGGAGACAGCGGGCGCAGGACUCGGGUAGAAGGGGGCCAGCUGGGGGGCGAGGUGUGGACCCCACACGGGAGCUUUGUCAAUAAGCCCACACGGGGCUGGCUGCAUCCCAACGACAAAGUCAUGGGACCCGGGGUUUCCUACUUGGUUCGGUACAUGGGCUGUGUGGAGGUCCUGCAGUCAAUGCGAGCCCUGGACUUCAACACCUGGACCCAGGUAACCAGGGAGGCCAUCAGUCUGGUGUGUGAGGCUGUGCCAAGUGCUAAGGGAGCAACAAGGAGGAGAAAGCCCUGUAGCUGCCUGCUCAGCUCUAUCCUGGGGAGGAGUAACCUAAAAUUUGCCAGAAUGCCAAUAACUCUCACAGUCUCCACCAGCAGCCUCAACCUCAUGGUCGCAGACUGCAAACAGAUCAUUGCCAACCACCACAUGCAAUCUAUCUCAUUCGCAUCUGGUGGAGAUCCGGACACAGCUGAGUAUGUUGCCUAUGUUGCCAAAGACCCCGUGAAUCAGAGAGCCUGCCACAUCCUGGAAUGUCCCGAAGGACUUGCUCAGGACGUCAUCAGCACCAUUGGCCAGGCCUUUGAGUUGCGUUUCAAACAAUACCUCAAGAACCCACCUAAGCUGGUUGCCUCUCAUGACAGGAUGGCUGGUUUUGAUGGCUCUGCUUGGGAUGAGGAAGAAGAGGAGCCACCUGAUCAUCAGUACUACAAUGACUUCCCUGGGAAGGAACCCCCUCUUGGGGUGGUAGACAUGAGGCUUCAGGAAGGAGCUGCUCCAGGGGCUACUCGACCCACUCCACCCAGUGCCCAGCCACCCAGCCACCUAGACAAGGCCAGGCAAGGGGGAGCCAGGCCCCCCAAUCUGGCCAUCAAUGGAAGCACACCCCAGGACCUCUUCGACAUGAAGCCCUUUGAAGAUGCUCUUCGGGCACCUCCACCUGCCCAGGCCCUGUCCAUGGCUGAGCAGCUCCAAGGGGAAGCCUGGUUCCACGGGAAGCUGAGCCGGCGGGAGGCUAAGGCGCUGCUGCAGCUCAAUGGUGACUUCCUGGUGCACGAGAGUACAACCACACCUGGCCAGUAUGUGCUUACUGGCUUGCAGAGCGGGCAGCCCAAGCACCUGCUUCUGGUCAACCCGGAGGGUAUGGUUCAGACAAAGGAUCACCGCUUUGAGAGUGUCAGUCACCUCAUUAGCUACCACGUGGACAAUCACCUGCCCAUCAUCUCUGCAGGCAGUGAACUGUGCCUACAGCAACCUGUGGAGCGGAAAGUGUGAUCUUUCCCCAGUCUCCCUCCCAGAGGAUGACCCCCCCAAGCCCUUCCACCCUGCUCCCCUAACC